GGCGGGAAGAUGCGGCUGCGGCUCCUAGCGCUGGCGGCGGCCGUGCUGCUGGGUCCGGCCCCGGAGGUAUGUGGUGCUCUCAAUGUCACGGUGUCCCCAGGGCCUGUGGUGGACUACUUUGAAGGGGAAAAUGCCACACUCCUCUGCCACAUCUCUCAGAAGAGACGAAAGGACAGCUUACUGGCCGUGCGCUGGUUCUUCGCCCCCAAUGGCUCUCAGGAGGCCUUGAUGGUGAAGAUGACGAAACUCCGGGUGAUUCAGUACUAUGGGAACUUCAGCCGGAUUGCCAACCAACAGAGGCUACGCCUGCUAGAGGAACGCCGAGGGGUGCUGUACAGGCUUUCCGUCCUGACGCUCCGGCCCGCGGAUCAAGGGCAGUAUGUCUGCAAAGUGCAAGAAAUCAGCAAACACCGGAACAAGUGGACAGCCUGGUCCAAUGGUUCCUCGGCCACAGAAAUGAGAGUGAUCUCCCUCAAGGCUGCUGAAGAUUCAUCAUUUGAGAAAAAGAAGGUGACUUGGGCAUUUUUUGAAGAUCUCUAUGUGUAUGCUGUUCUUGUGUGCUGCGUGGGGAUCGUCAGCGUUCUGCUCUUCACUCUGGUCAUUGCCUGUCAGUCCAUGUUUCACAAGAGGAAAUCAAGAGUGAGACAUUAUUUGGUGAAAUGCCCUCAGAACAGCUCAGGGGAGACUGUCACCAGUGUGACCAGCUUGGCCCCGCUGCAGCCACAAAAGGGUAAGAGGCAGAAGAAAAAGGUAGAUGUUCCACCUGCAGUCCCUGCCAAAGCACCGAUAGCCACCACUUUCCACAAACCAAAGCUGCUGAAACCACAGAGGAAAGUCGCUCUGCCCAAGAUCACUGAGGAAAACUUGACCUAUGCGGAGCUGGAGCUGAUCAAACCACACCGGGCUGCCAAAGGUGUUCCCACCAGCACCGUGUACGCACAGAUCCUCUUCGAGGAGAACCAGCUGUAGUGACUGUCAUCUCUGUCAACUCUCUGGCUGUCAUCUGUGCUCCCAGUUAUUUAGGACACUCAGAAACAAAUGUCCUAGUUUUGUAUUUUCACCUGUGCCUUCAGUGUGAUGGGGAUCCCCUUCCCACGGCAUUCUGAUGUCUGCUAAGAGGUACGUGCUUCCCAGAAGAGAAGGGCCAGCCCUUGGCCAUGUCUUCCAAGACAAGAGAUCCCUGGCCUGGUGCUGAGUACAAGGACUCUGCUUCUGAGAGCACCUGCUGAGCCAACUGUAUCAAUUUUUCCUCUUCUUGUGUCUUAGUUUUGGAGGAAAAUCAAAUCUUAAUUUUAAUCAGCUGCCCUUGUUCUGUGUAAGACAUCAAGCACCCAGUUUAUAGCCACAGGAAAUGCCUGUAAAGGUCACAGAGAGUGGGGAGCGGGAGAGAAUAUAUAAACUCAAUAGUUCUCUGAGGCUCUAGGACACCCAGGGCAGAGCAAUCUCCUGGUGGUGAUGGCAGCAGCCACUUGUGAUGACAUCCACUGUUUUUAAUAGACGCUUUCAAGCUGGCCAUGUGAGGACAGAGGUGCUGAUGGUUGAAAGUCUGAGGUCUGGCUCAGAAAAUUCUGGUACUCAUGUCUUUAGAUCCAUACUUCAUCAAGGCUGUAGAUCUACAAGAACAGCAUUGUAACGUGUUUGUCCCCCUUUGGCAGAAUGGACCUAGAGUGCUAGGAAGACAUAUUGUUCUCUCUUUCCAAAGACUCGAGUGUGGUUCCAGUGGGUACAUCAUGUAAGUGAGCAAAGUGUGCCAAACUUAGUCAACUCCCAUUCAAGAGAGAGCACAGCUUUUCACCAUUCCCUCAGCAUAGCAAUGAAAGUACAAGCCAAGCUGGGAAAGUGUCUAGAAGGAUUUAACUCUUGGCAAGUGCUUUAGCCAUCUCAGCCUUGGAUGAGAACCAUGAAUGCCUUGGGUGGACGUCAGGGGACCAUGAGGCAUAAGACUGUGGGGAAGUUGCUCUGUGGUCCUAAACAACAAACAAAAAUGUCAGACUUAAUGGAAGUAAGAGUCAUCUUGAUUUCCGCAGUGCUAUUAAGGAUGUUUCUUGAUGUAUGUGUACUCUGGUGGCCACUUACUACACACUAUAAACAUUGUUUGGCUAUGUAAUUUUACAAUGUAUAUAUGAUAAAUUAUCUAUUUUAAACACA